GUGUUAUCUAAAAUCCUGUCGUAGGUUUUAAGCUUCCUAGGUUCCACGAGGGUUGGACAGUGCAACCGCCCGCCCUGCAACUAACUGAAGUGAUUGGUCAAUAUUGAAGUUAGGCUAAUUGAAACCCUGACGAUACGAAAUCGCGCGGAAGUGGUCAACUUGGCACUGUCCAGUGUUUGUAUGAAGUAGGCUACCUCAUUUUUUAAUAAAUCCUCAUCUGAACCUGAAAUAAUGGAACGCUGGGAAGGAAGAGUUGUUCUUGUAACAGGCGCUUCGGUCGGGAUUGGAUCGGCUGUUGCACGGACCCUCGUUCAGCAUGGCAUGAAAGUGGUUGGCUGUGCCAGAAGUGUCGAUAAAGUAGAGAGGCUGGCGGCCGAGUGCCAGAGUGCGGGCUACAGAGGCACCCUCUUCCCUUACAAGUGUGACCUGUCCAACGAGGAGGAGAUCCUCUCUAUGUUCUCCGCCAUCAGGAUCCUGCAUGACGGCGUGGAUGUGUGUAUCAACAAUGCCGGACUGGCCCACUGUGAGCCGCUGCUCUGCGGGAAGACAGACGCCUGGAGGAACAUGAUAGAUGUUAAUGUACUAGCCCUGUCCAUCUGCACACGAGAGGCCUUCAAGUCAAUGCAGGAAAGACACAUCGAUGAUGGACAUAUCAUCAACAUUAAUAGUAUGGCCGGCCACAGGAUGUUUCCCAGUGCAGACGAGCACUUCUACUGCGCCACCAAGUAUGCAGUGACCGCCCUGACGGAGGGCUUACGACAGGAGCUACGAGAGGCCAAGACCCACAUCCGAGCCACAUGUAUAUCCCCGGGUAUAGUAGAGACUGAAUUUGCCUUCCGGCACCAUAACACUGACCCAGAGAGGGCAGCUGCUGCAUAUGAAAGUAUAAAGUGUUUGAAAGCAAAGGACAUAGCCAAUGCUGUCAUGUAUGUUCUUAGUGCUCCUGCACACGUCGAGAUAGCAGAUAUUCAGAUGUGGCCACUGGAACAGGUGCUAUAGCAGGAGGAUGGGUACACAGAAGCCUAACUGGAGGACCAGAUGAAGAAUGCUGUGUUGGCAGCUGGCCAGCAGCUCACCAGCGACACCUGCAGGUGAUCACAUAUAAAACCUAGUUCAGAGCCAGAGGGAUACAGAACACUCAUCUCACGGAAACAAGAAACGUCAACACUGUUUUUUGGUGGGAUACCAUGCCCCUGGCUGGCAGGAUGUGUAAAAAUGACUGUAGUGUUUGCAACUUCCAAAGCGUGUGGUUGUCAAUAGCCUUCUCAAGAAAACAACUAACAAAACGAGAGUUGCUCACUUGCAUUAGGUCAGCUGUUUGACCUGUUUUUACAUAGUUUUAGGUCAUACCUACAUUAUCAUAAAACUUUUUUUGAAAGAAAAACAUAAAUGGGAGAAAGAGCAAUAGUUACUAUUAUUUUAGUAUUUGUAGAGUCUUUGUUAAUAGACCAGCUGUAACUGUCCACUGAAGGAAUCAACCCAGUUGGUUGUUUGGUUGCCUAGUACUUAGCCUGUAAUCUUCUGCCAUCUUGAUAUCAGCCAGUUAUGACCCCUUUUUAACCUUUACCCCAUUCUUUAGAAAUUAUAUAAUUACGUACCAAUAUGUUGACCAUAAAUGUAUAAAGAAAUGUGUAAUAA